AUGCGCGAGGAGAUGCUCAGGCCGCUGCGGACGGCGCUGACGGAGGCGAUCAUGAGGCAUACCAAGGCGACAGGCGUUCGCGAGGCGCUCGAGGCCGAGGUUUGUGUGCUGUUCGACCGGGCCAUCCAAGCGGAGGGCGGCGCGGACGUGAACGUGGAGGAUGUGGCGGCGGCAGCGAUGCAGGCGGUGGGGGGCGCGCUCAAGGACGAGGUCGAGGCGGCGGCCGUGGUGGAAGCCACCAAGCAGGCGCUCGCGGCGACCCUCAAGUCGCUGCAGGCGCUGAGCCCGGAGCCCGCGGACUUUGAGAGCGACGCGCGCGUGGAGGAGGAGGUCGCCGCCGCCGUCGCCGACGCGACGGCGAGCGUCGACGGCACCGAUGGGGGCACGCCCGGCGCGGCGACGCUGGCGAGCGUGGACGGCGUGGCCAUGCGGUCGCUGUCUGAGUCGAUGCAGCGCGUGGAUGCGCUGCUCGGGUCCGACAGCGCCGCCGCCUCGUCCGACGCCGCGCCCGGCGACGCGCCCAGGGCGCCGCCCGCCCCCAGCCCCGCCGCCGUCGCCGCCGCCGCCAAGGCGGCGGCCGACGCGAAGCAGCGCAACCGCUGGGUGGUCGUCGGGCUCGUGGCCGCGGUCGCGUUCGCCGCGUCGGCUUUCAUCAAGUCGCCGCUCGGCGCGUCGGCGGUCGCGGCGCUGCAGUCGCUGGCGCAGCCGCUGCUGGACAAGCUGGGGCCGAUCCACGUCGGGGACGCGGAGCGCGGGCUGCUGGAGACGAUCUACCUGUUGCUGACCAGCAUAGUGUGCGUGCCGGCGGUCUGCAAGCUCAUCCCCGGCGGCAGCCCGGUGCUGGGUUACCUGGUGAGCGGUCCCUCGGUGUGCGGCUCGCUGUGGGGUGGGGCGGGGCGGCCGGAGACGCAUCGGCGGCGCGGGGCUUGCUGGCUACAGUCGGUGGACGGGAGCGGGCAUGUCACGGGCGCGGGGGGGCAGGGCCAGAUGCUGCCAGACUUCUGCAGAGCUCUUCUGGGCUGGCUGGUCCCGUUGGUAGUCCUGCCGACGCGUCGCUGCCGCUGCCGCGCGUAG